ACCUCUCCUCCUCAUCCCAACUCAAUCUCCUCGUCAGCCAUGGCGGUCUCCUGCAAGACCUUCCUCACUCUCCUCCUCCUCUCUCUGCUGGCUUCCGCUGCGCACGGCCAGCUGUCGACGAGGUUCUACGACCGCACCUGCCCGAAGCUACGAGGAAUCGUGCGCAGUGUCAUGGCGCAGGCCGUGUUCCGGGACAGGCGGAUGGGCGCCUCCAUCCUUCGACUCUUCUUCCACGACUGCUUCGUCAACGGUUGCGAUGCGUCCGUCCUUCUCGACGACACGCGGACCUUCACCGGCGAGAAGAACUCCAACGGCAACCAGAACUCCCUGAGAGGUUUCGAGGUCAUUGAUGCCAUCAAGGCACGCGUGGAAGCUGCCUGCAACGCGACUGUGUCGUGCGCCGACAUCUUAGCCCUCGCAGCUCGUGAUGGAGUGGUUUUGCUUGGAGGACCAACAUGGUUGGUGCCGCUGGGCCGCAGGGACGCGAGGACGGCGAGCAUAUUCGCCGCAAACGCCAACCUUCCGUUGGCCUCGUCGAGCCUCUCCGACCUCAUCUCUCUCUUCGCCAGGAAAGGCCUCGACGCCCGCGACCUGACCGCUCUCUCCGGCGCGCACACCGUCGGCCAAGCCCGGUGCGUCAACUUCCGCCCGCGCAUCUACGGUGACCGGAACAUCGACCCCGGCUUCGCGGCUCUCCGCAGGCAGACCUGCCCGGCCUUCGGCGGCGACGGCAACUUGGCGCCGCUGGACCUGCAGACCCCAGUUUGGUUCGACAAUAGGUACUACCAGAACCUGGUGGCUCGCCGGGGACUGCUGCACUCCGACCAGGAGCUCUUCAACGGCGGCUCGCAGGACUCGUUGGUGAGGUUGUACAGCUCGAGCACGUCAGCUUUCUUCAACGACUUCGUGGUGGCCAUGGUGAAGAUGGGGAACAUAAGCCCUCUCACAGGGUGGCCAGGGGAGAUAAGAUUGAACUGUAGGAAGGGUCUCAGCCUACGCGACCUCACCGCGCUCUGCGGCGCGCACACCGUAGGCGCAGCCCGGUGCGCCAACUUCCGCCCCCACGUGUACAACGACUCCAACGUCGACCCGGGCUUCGCCACGCUCAGGAAGAGGACAUGCCCGGCCGCGGGCGGCGACGACACUCUGGUUGGGCUGGACGCCACGAGUCCCACCCGGUUCGACGUGAGCUACUACCGGGACUUGAUGGCGCGGCGGGGGCUGCUUCACUCCGACCAGGAGCUCUUCAACGGCGGCCCGGCGGAUGGGCUGGUGAGGUUGUACAGCAAGAAUGGCGAGGCCUUCAACAGGGACUUCGCGGCGGCCAUGGUGAAGAUGGGCAGCAUCAGCCCAUUGAUAGGGUCGGCCGGGGAGGUAAGGUUGAACUGCCGGAGGGCCAACUGAUGAUGCCACAGUGCGAUCUUAUUAUGUUGGGAGUCCAAACUCGAAGCUGUAAUUAAUGGUUUCUCAAUAAAUGUGGUUAAAGAUAUAUGAGAAGUCAAUGGUUUGGGAUUUCUGAUCAAA